CACGAUCUGUCCCCACCCGUUCCGGUUGGGAUGACUCCUGUGCUAAGCCUCUCCUCCUCACCUCCCAAUCCCAAAGUCUGCAGUUGAGUCUGAGUUGAAGAGCACCUGGAAACUGGAUGGGCAGCAGCAGGAGCACAGCUGUCAGCAGAACGGGUUUUCUUCUUUUCGUGUUUAGAGAAAUCUAGCUGGCAUCUCACUGAGCAGAAGCAGCGAGCUGGGAUAAAACAGGAUCCUGUACUCCAGGUUUCCAAAUGGCUGAUCCUUUUCUAUAUGGUACUGGAGAAAGAUCUCCUUAUGGAUGCCUUGGACAUGAAGUACAAAUUGAGCACAUCAAUGCAUAUGUUUGUAGACCAUCUUUUUUCACAGACAAAGCUGUGAUUGUGAUUCAUGAUAUAUUUGGAUGGCUGUUCCCAGACAUUAGAUACAUAGUCGAUUUGAUUGCAGGUCAUGGAUACAUAACCAUCUGCCCAGACUUCUUCAAGGGAACAGACCCCUGGAAAACUACUGAUCACUGGGCUGACUUUGCUGACUGGAUGAAAGAUCAUGAUCCUAUGAAAGUAGACAAGGAAGCUGAUGUUGUCUUGAAGUAUCUAAAGGAACAAUGCGGUGCAAAGAAGAUUGGUAUCGUUGGGUUUUCCUGGGGUGGAAUGGCAGUACAUCACUUGAUGCUGAAAAAUCCUCAAUUAACCGCUGGGGUGUCCCUCUAUGGAAUUAUUAGGGACUCUGAAGAAAGAUACAAUUUACUAAAUCCCACAUUUUUCAUUUUUGGUGAGAAAGACCACACUAUUUCUUACAACCAGAUCACCUUAUUGGAGGAGAAGUUGAAACAGUACUGUAAAGUUGCAUAUAAAAUUAAAGUUUAUCCUGGACAAGUUCAUGGGUUUGCACAAUUGAAGCCAGAAGAUAUGAAACCUGAUGAUAAACCUUAUAUUGAAGAAGCUAGAAAGGAUAUGAUUGAUUGGCUCAAAAUGUUUAUUUGACAAAAGCAUAAAGUAAUACUAGGCUUCAAUAUCAGUGUUUGAUUUGAGAGAAGAAAACAGUCAAGGGAGAACUAUCUGGUUUUGAAAAUUGUCAUAAACAGAAAUAGGAACAUUUUAAUUUAAAGUUCUUAAUUAUUUUUUUACACGAUUGUGAAAUCAAAGCUGGACUAAAGGACGAUUAGGCAUUAAAAAGUUGCUUGAAUUUA